AUGUCAGAUCCAAAGGAUAAAGCAAACAAUCUUAUGAACGAAGGAAAAGAGGCAUUCGAUGAUCAAAAAUAUGAAAUCAGUAUAACAAAGCUUGGAGAAGCUUGUCAGUUACUUGAUCAGCUUAAUGGUGAUCUUGCACCUGAAAAUGGUGAUGCUUAUUUUAUGUACGGUAAAGCACUGCUUCAAUAUGCGAUUCAACAAAACACAGUGCUAGGACACUCAGCUCAAGCUAAUGCAGCUGCUGUUGAAGAACAACAACGCGAAACUAAACAGGCAGAAGAAGGAUCUAGUAAUCCUCUCAUUCAGAUGGAAUCAAUACCUGAAUUUAAACAAGAGGAAGAAGAAGAGGAAGAAGAUGAGGAUGACAAAGAAGAUGGAGAUCAAGCUGAUGAUGACUUUGAGACCGCAUGGGAUAUUUUGGAUGUUGCUCGUCUUAUCUUUGAAAAGGGCGAAGAUAAGGAAACCCAACUAAAAUUAGCAGAUGUACACCUAUGCUUGGCAGAUGUCUCUUUAGAAACAGAGAAAUUUGAUCAAUCUCUAAGUGACUAUGAAAAAGCAAUUGAAAUCAAGGAAAAGUGGUUGGAAGAAGACAAUAGAGAAUUAGCAGAAGCAUAUUAUAAAUAUUCAUUAGCAUUGGAGUUCUCUUCAGAUAAAUCAGACAAAGCCAUUCCUGAAUUGAGAAAGGCAAUUGAUGUGUUGAAGAAGAGGUUGAGCAAGCUGGAAAGCGCCGAGGAUACGACAGAGAAAGCAAAAGACGAGAUAAAAGAUAUGCAAGAACUCAUAUCGGAUAUGAAUCUUAAGGCUGAAGAAUUGACAACGAAACAAGCUACAGAAAAGGAAGCAGCUGCCAUGUUGAAGCAAAUACUUGGCUUUGGAGCAGGUGAAAAUGCCUCAAAUAAGCCUAUUGAAGCAGCCAGUGUUAAUGAUCUGUCAAAUCUUGUCAAGAGAAAGGCAAAGGAGUCAGCUAAAGAUGCUAUAGAAAAGAAACCAAAGUUAGAACUGCCCGAUUGUACCUUGAAAUUUUUUUCUUCUCUUGUCAAUCUAAUGUCUCUAUUCAACACAUUCUCUAGAGCAACAACUCGUGCUCUGCCUAUUAUUCAAAAUAGAGCAUUUGCUUCUGUUGCUGAAACUACUGCACCUAAAGGCAUGUUUAUGAACAAUGCUUACUCGUAUGAUUCAACUAAUUCUUUUAAAUCAGCAGCUCUCUCAACACCACUUCAAGCUUUUCUUCGAGAAUUUAAGACAAAUGAACCCAUUUCAAUAAUCGACUUGGAAAAGGACGUUUUUGGUGCACCCAUCAGAAGAGAUAUUCUUCACCGUGUUGUCGUUUGGCAAAGAGAUGCGAUGCGACAAGGUACACAUUCAACAAAAACUCGUGGUGAAGUCACUGGUACCGGUAAAAAGGCAGCACCACAAAAGGGACGUGGUAAAGCAAGAGUGGGCGAUAGGAAAGCACCUCAGUUCAGAAGUGGUGGUAUCGCAUUUGGACCCAAGCCUAGAGAUCACAGUACGGAUUUGCCUAGAAAAGUUCAAGAUUUAGGUUUACGAGUUGCUCUAAGUGCCAAGUACGCACAGGAUCAAUUGAUCGUGGUUGAUUCUCUUCAACAUGUCGAAAGCCAUAAAACUAGAGAUUUGGCACAUAUUCUUCAAAACGCAUAUGACGGCUCUAAAAUGCUGAUUGUCACUGACGAUUGCAACCAAAACUUGGAAUUAGCAGCUCGCAACCUUCCCAACUGCGAAGUUAUUCAUGUUGAAGAAACAAAUGUAUUAGACUUACUAACAUAUGACAAGUUGCUUAUUGAAAAGAGCGCUAUUAAAUUACUUGAAGAUUAUCUUAAGCCAGAAUAA